AUGGGGGACCGCGGCUCUAAACCAACCUGCCUCUCAGCGCAACCUCACGGCGCAGAAGUUAUUCGAGACUUCUCUGCCCAUUACUCUGGCUGCAUCGAGAUUUCCGAGCGUCCUCAAUUUCUGGAUAGGUCCAACCCUCUUUGGGAUGAAGAGUUGAAGUUGCAGGAGAUAAAGCUGAGGCAGGAGAACGGGAGAAAAGGGAGCAAAAUCAAGGACUUCAGAGAAAGCGCAGAGAAGAAAAUUAGCAAGAAGAUUCUGAGUCUGGCCGUGUCAAUAGAGGCACAGUACAAAAGAACCGACAUCUUGCGCAAGGCUAUUGAAGGCGCUGGCUGCACACAUCUAACGGUUGAAGAGUUAGAAAAGUUUCCGGGUGAGCGUCCUCCAGACUGCAACUUGGUUGAUUGUCUGAACCAAAGUCAUGCCGACUGGAAGAAUAGCGAUGAGUUCAAAAAGGGGGUUAGGGAAAUUCGCCGAUGGAAGAACCAGCCUGAAGAACGAGCCGACUCACACUCAGCUGAAGACACCGACUUGGAUCCAGGGCGUGCUGCCGUGCGAAGAAUUAUUGAAAAGACGCGAGAGAAUGCGUUCGAAGAGGACACGCAGCCUGGAGAAUAUGAGCUGGAGAGAGACAUCAAUGGCUAUGUGAUCCAAUGGGACAUAAUCGGACGCGAAAGGGUUCAUUACGACACUGAUAGCGAAUUUGACCAUGAACCAACGAAGAGCGAUAACUCUCGGUCUAAGCACCGUCCUUGGCACGGAUCGACGCCAACAUUCCUCACAUCCGAGUUCCUGGAGCCUCAAGACGAAAUUAUCCGUGAGUCGCUGCGUGGACUCAGACUGGAGGACGGGCAAAAAGGUUGGCGGCGGCGGAAGAUGGGCAACACGUUACGAGGAUCAUUUUACAAGUCAUCCUCCGGUCCCGAGAAGUAUCUCAAAUCUGUUGAAGAAGAUAUCGCCGUAGACUAUCGAUUCAAGGGGCACUUCCCGGACCAGAGGCUUUCUCUUCAGUACCUCUUGGAAGAAAAGCCUUCCAUCCCGAAGAAGGGCGAUGUGGUCCUCGACAAAAUGCGCAAUAAAAACAGGGUGCGGUACAUUCACAUCCCUGACAACAACAUGGAGUGGAUUGAGAGGGCCAUCGCACGGUAUUUCCGGGAUGACAAGCCGGAUCAUGGCAGUCUCUAUCGAGACCCUCCUGUCAAGACAAGGAGUCAUAUGAUCCUCCGUCCUGAGUACUGGAGGGGCCAGCAGCAUGCAGGCAGGCACAGUAUGGUACACGCUCGUCAUAUGAGGCCCAUGUGUGAAAGAAUAUCUGCAGAAUUAUGGGACUCGGAGGAUAACCCGGCAAACCUGGUUCUUUUCAUGCCAUACCUUCACUGGGAAGAAGACAGAAAGCGUGAGAAAGUUGCGAGGAUCAUUGAGGAUGAGACGUCAAAGCGUCGUACAAAGCGCGAGACCGAUACAAAAAGGAGGAAGGACGCCAGGAUCCAGGAACGAACUCUCAACGGGAAACCACUCCACACCACCAAAUAUCUCGAUCAUUCAGACGAAGAUCCCAUGCACGCCAAGAAAAUCAGAGAGGCCUGGGAAAAGAACGCAUUUGGAGGAACGAGUGGAAGGUCCCAGCGCACCUUCAACGAGUUGGCGGGGGGCCUCGCUCCAGGUGGGCUUAUCCAGAAUGAGUACCAUACAGAUGGUCGAAAGAUCUGGUACGUGGCAAAGUUGGAGAGCAGCAAGCACGGUCGGAUCCUUGCCGUGACCAAACUUGGGCAAUUCUUUCUCGAUGCUGCCAGGCUUUAUGACGCAAUCACAAUGCAUAGAGAUCAAACACUUCUGGAGGACUACCUCCACCACAACCCCCCGAUACAUCCUCGACGAACCCUUGACCAAUCCUAUUACUUGGCGUUGAAGACCACAAAGGCUCGUGAUCAAGUUCAGGUGGUAUUUAAAGGGACCACUAUGGACAGCAGAAACAUGCACAGAUUUCGUGAGGAGUGGGAGCGUCAUUGUCCGGGGGCUUGGAACUGCGUCAACAAGAAGACCGUCAUGGACAAAGUCCUGCAUCCUCAAACACCAGAAGAUCUGCGAGGUUGCAAUCACAGACCCAAAGGGCUAGGAAACUUCAGAUGGGAUAACCAUUGGAAAAGCACAGACGUUGACGGCUGCGAUCAUUGCAGAAGGGAGAUUGGGAAGGUCGGGAAGCUUAUCAUGGUUGAUCAGCUUUGGAUGUGGAUCCUCGACGGACAAACCAUCAUCACAAGUUUCCCUGGCAACUACGGUAGGGAUGAAAACGGAUUCGACGUGCACAGGUCCAUUCGAGACCGUAUAAGAAGUGCCACCAAAAACAAAAUUCGAUCGGUUUUUGACUUAGGACUGAUCAUUUUCGACGAAUGUGCGAACGGCCUCCUGAGUAACUCACUCGAUUCGAACAAGAAACCCCGAGUUCUCGACAUAUUUACGGAGACGAUUAGCAACCUGGCGCAUCGACAAACAGUGCUACGAGAAAACCUUCGAAUGAUGACCGCAUCGACUUCAUUAUCUCUUGGUAAUAGUUCCUCUAGCGUCAAAUAUAUCGUACGCAGCAUCAUACAAGUCAACUUCCAAGGGUUGUUCCUAGACGACAUCAAGAAAGUUAUCGACGAGCUCAACAUCAUGAUCCGAAUGAGUGAGCAACAUCGAAUCAUCUUGAGGCGAUUUCAGGAACAUGCCGAGGCCAUACUGAAUCCACAUGGUCAUUCAUCAGACAAGGGACCGUUCAUAAGUCCUGGUCGGAGUCUGGAUAGUUUAUCGGAUGAUGAACCCACAAUGUCCGACGCUGAGCGUGCGGAAGACCUCUUCAAUUGGUUCCACUCUGAAGCAGAGCGCCUUGUUUCGAAGAUUGACGAUAGAAUUGAGGAGCUUGAUAGCUUGAUGAAGACUGCUGAAACCACAUCACGAGAUGCAAGUAAUUUGCAGAUUAUGCUAUUUUAA